UGUUUUGGGAUUAAAUGAUCUGUUUCUAUUAUCCAUUCCAUCCUUCUAAUGAUAUUGCAUCUUUUAGGUUCGAGAGAUGGAAAAAUGGAAGGAAGGGAAGCCUGGCGAAGCCAGAGCUGCUUUGAGACGUUCUGUGAGGGAAAUUGGAUUGGAUGUAGCAGAGCAAAGUGGAGAGAUUACACGAUCUGUCUCUGGCCCAGUACUUCCAAGGAAAAACUAUGGGAAUGCUGACAUACAUGUGGAGAGACAACUUAUGCCUCGUGUUCUUGCUGGUACCAAUGGCCCCACUGAGUGUAAUGAAGCUUUGGAUAUUAUUUCUUUUGGUUCUCCUUAUAUUCUUGCAGCUAUUAUUCCCAUUCCCCUUAUAUUCUCCUUUCAUCUAUUAUUCUGGUUAAAAAAGAGUAAUUCUUACAUUUUGGUCUGAUUUAAUAAUUCAAAUGUUUGGCCUCAUUGCUAUACAUUUUAUUUGUUAUGAAAGCUUUCAUUUGUGUUUGUAGGGUAGAGCAACUUUGUUUAUUGUUUAUUGUUCCUUUUUCUCUUUUUCUCUUCUUCUUUGUUAUUUUUAUUUUUCCAAAAUUAAAAAUAUUUUAAUAUUUGUGUGCCUUUUUGCAGUUUGUUGAAGGAAUGAAAGUCGUGUGUCAUGAGCUGACACAAGCCACUAAUGAUCCAGAAGGCAGUGCAAUGGAUGAACUUAUUAAAGAUGCAGAGACAGACUUGUUUCAUGCCUUGCAAACAAGGUAGCGCUUUACUCUGUCCUUCCC